AUGUGUCAAAGCAAUUUGUUCCAGCCAAAGUUUGCGUUUAACUUUAUCAGAAGAAUUAAGCACAUAUGUGCAUGCAAGAAUGAUCCAAAUUUGUUAAAUUUGCAAUUAGGUACAUGCGGAGAAGGCAAGCAGGAAAAUUCGAACCUUGUAACUGGAUCGCCCUCUCCCUUACCUAGUGACUGCGGCUCCCCUCCUUGA